CCCGCCCCUUGUUGGGCGCUUCCCAGAUCCGCUCGAGUCUAUGGAGGAAAAACUCCGCGGGGUCCGCGAUUCCCAUGGCCGCAGCCGCCUGCGGCACCAAGGCCAUGGCCCUCUUCAAGCGCACGUUGGUGCUGAGUCCCGCCGCUGCGCCCAGGGGCCCGGGCGCAGGCACCGCCCCGCGGGGCUGCUGCUUGCCUCCUGCAGCCUGGCCCUGCAAGGACUGGCCCCGGGGAGAGGGCGGCAGGCUGUGGAGCCGCCUGCCCCACUCCCACUCCCACUCCUGCUCCUCGACGUCUCCCACCGCCGUGUGUCUUGUCUGCCCGCAGGACUCGCUCAGCAGCAGCCUGAAAACUUGCUACAAGUAUCUCAAUCAGACCAGUCGCAGUUUCGCAGCUGUUAUCCAGGCGCUGGAUGGGGAAAUGCGCAACGCAGUGUGCAUAUUUUAUCUGGUUCUCCGAGCUCUGGACACACUGGAAGAUGACAUGACCAUCAGUGUGGAAAAGAAGGUCCCGCUGUUACACAACUUUCACUCUUUCCUUUACCAACCAGACUGGCGGUUCAUGGAGAGCAAGGAGAAGGAUCGCCAGGUGCUGGAGGACUUCCCAACGAUCUCCCUCGAGUUUAGAAAUCUGGCUGAGAAAUACCAAACGGUGAUUGCCGACAUUUGCCAGAGAAUGGGAAUUGGGAUGGCAGAAUUUUUGGAUAAGCAUGUGACCUCUGAGCAGGAGUGGGACAAGUACUGCCACUAUGUCGCUGGGCUGGUAGGAAUCGGCCUUUCCCGCCUCUUCUCGGCUUCAGAGUUCGAAGACCCCUUAGUUGGUGAAGAUACGGAACGUGCCAACUCUAUGGGCCUGUUUCUGCAGAAAACAAACAUCAUUCGUGACUAUCUGGAAGACCAGCAAGAAGGAAGAGAGUUUUGGCCUCAAGAGGUUUGGAGCAGGUAUGUUAAGAAGUUAGGGGAUUUUGCUAAGCCUGAGAAUAUUGACUUGGCCGUGCAGUGCCUGAAUGAACUUAUAACCAAUGCACUGCACCACAUCCCAGAUGUCAUCACCUACCUUUCAAGACUCAGAAACCAGAGUGUGUUUAACUUCUGUGCUAUUCCACAGGUGAUGGCCAUUGCCACUUUGGCUGCCUGUUACAAUAACCAGCAGGUGUUCAAAGGGGCAGUGAAGAUUCGGAAAGGGCAAGCGGUGACCCUGAUGAUGGAUGCCACCAAUAUGCCAGCUGUCAAAGCCAUCAUAUAUCAGUAUAUGGAAGAGAUUUAUCAUAGAAUCCCCGACUCAGACCCAUCUUCUAGUAAAACAAGGCAGAUCAUCUCCACCAUCCGGACGCAGAAUCUUCCCAACUGUCAGCUGAUCUCCCGAAGCCACUACUCCCCCAUCUACCUGUCGUUUGUCAUGCUCUUGGCUGCCCUGAGCUGGCAGUACCUGACCACACUCUCCCAGGUCACAGAAGACUAUGUUCAGACUGGAGAACACUGAUCCCAAAUUUGUCCGUGGGUGAAGUUCACCAUCAAAUGGAUUUACUUUUUUUCUUUAAGGAUGGAUGUUGGCUUCUCUUUAUUUUUUUCCUCCUACUUUAAUCCCUAAAAGAACUGUGUGGCUGGGGCCUUUAGGAAAGUGAGAUGCAGCUGAGAAGAAUCUAAACAUGAAAGCAAAGGGCGCCUCACCCCAGCAAACCUGUCCUUGUGGGUGAUGAUCACUGUGCUUCUUGUGACUCAUGGCAGAGCACUCUGUGCCACAGUUUAGGUGAAAUGGCUGCGUAUGUAACUGUCAUGAGAUCCUAUUUAGUGUGAUCCUGGCUAGAAUGAUAAUUAAAAGUAUUUAAUUUGAAGCAACCUUUGAAUGUUCACAAUAGUAGAAAAUGAUGUGAAAUUUCUGUUGAGUUCCUAGUUUUCUCAUCAUUUUGUUUUCUUUAACUGGGUUGAAUGGAGUAGAUGGAAAUAUUUAUGGUUUAGGUGACACUUAGGUGUUUCCUAAGAAUGCAAACUGCCUUUUGCACACGAAGGCUGGGAAUAAAAUUCUGGGUGUUCUCCUAGUAUCAUAAGGGAGUUUAGCUUUCAGAGAGAAACAGCAGGAUUGCCUUUGACCCCAUUUCAGAAGAUUGGCCUUCAGUAAAGGUGGACAUUUUUGAGAUUUUUAUAAUAAAGAAUUUAAUUGCUCUGCA